GCAACCUGACGGAGCUGUUUGGGGAGUUUCGAACGGGGAAGACGCAGCUUUGCCACACCUUAGCUGUGACUUGCCAGCUGCCGGUGGAGCAGAGCGGCGGGGAAGGGAAGUGUUUGUGGAUUGACACUGAGGGCACUUUUCGGCCCGAAAGAAUUGUGGCGAUUGCCAAGAGAUUUGGACUCGACCCCAACGACUGUCUCGAUAAUAUUGCCUACGCAAGGGCCUACAACUGCGAUCACCAGCUGGAGUUGCUGGCGCAGGCAGCCGCGAUGAUGAGCGAGUCGCGGUUCGCGCUGCUGGUGGUGGACAGCGCCACUGGGCUGUACCGCUCGGAGUUCUCCGGCCGCGGCGAACUGGCGGCUCGACAAAGUCAUUUGUGUCGUUUUUUGCGGAGUUUGCAGCGGCUGGCGGACGUGUUUGGGGUGGCGGUGUUGGUGAGCAACCAGGUGGUGGCUCGGGUGGACGCCUUCAGCAGCAGCAGCAGCAGCAGCGGCUGCGGCGACAAACUCCCCAUUGGAGGCCAUAUAAUGGCCCAUGCCAGUCAAACUCGACUUUAUCUCCGAAAAGGAAGAGCAGAAAGCCGCAUUUGCAAAGUCUACGACAGCCCCAGCUUGCCCGAGGGCGAGGCGGUCUUCGCCAUCGGCGAGGGCGGCAUCGGCGACUACGAGGAAACCUGA